UGCGAAACAAUCUCGAAUUCAUUGUCAACCUUGCGAUAUUCCGAAUAAGUGUACUUUUCUUUAGUCAUGUCCUGAGGAGUUUUUCAAGAUUUAUGACUACUUGCGAACGUUGAGAUAUGAAGACAGACCAGAUUAUUACGGAUUGUUUAGUGAGUGUGCAGCGGGUUUGAAGCGGGUAUAUGGAUCAUUCCUGGAUCGCUACGAAUGGGAGAUUGGAAGGACGCAAGAUGAAGUCAACACCGCUCUUUCAAUAUCGGAAGAAGACCGAAAACCACAUAAAGCUCUUGGCCGGACAAAACUUGCACAUAAAACAUAUCCAUUUGCAACUAAAGCAGCUUUUGAAAAGAAUAUACUCAAGCUGUAA